AAUGAGCAUCUUUGCUUUACAUCACGAAUUCGCAAAUUUAUUUGCAAUUUUCCUCUGAUCGCUGUAAUAUGGAGUGGGAAAGCAAAUUUUCUUCAAUCGUACGUGAAACAGAGACGAAUUUAGCGAGAGUUCGGGACCGCCUGGGUUCUUUAAGCAAAACAAAAGAAUCGGGUCGGUCAAGGGGAAACCAUUUUGGCGCCUCCAUAAGUCCAGGGAACCUUCGAUCUCAGACUUCCCGAAGUCCUCAUAUUUCAGCUAUGGCUUGGGAUAAACUCAGCCCUGUGAAAACUGUUGGCAUGGCAACUAGUGUUCCCUCAAGUCAGGCAUCACCUGCUCUUGUUAAUGCAUUGUUUGAAAGGGUUGAGGAACAAGCUGAGCUAGUGAGUCAUUUAAGUGACACCGUCAGGGGACUUGAGAAAGAGAGAGAAACUCAUGCUGUAGAGAUCAAGAGAAUGAGAGAUGAAAUAAACAGACUGAAUGAAAGGCUAAGAGAAAAGGGAGUAGACAUUGAAACAGAACGAAAGUUAGAGCAAUUUAAGCAAGAUGUAUAUAGCCAGCUGGAAUUUGUCCAAAGCCAAUCCAAGUUAAGACAGAGUGCAAGUGAAAACUCCCAUCGCAGUGAUCCAUCUGUCAUCAAUGAAGCGAGAAGAGUUAUAGAAGAUGAGACAGAAUCUUUACAAAGAGAUAUUGAACAUCUUAAAACAAAGAUGGGUAAGCAAAACUUAUUUUUUCAUCAUAAUUAAUCAAUCAGUCAGUCAUUGAAUUAAAAGUAAGUGAGCGAGUUAGUGUGUCUGUCAGUCAGUCAGUCAAUCAGACAGUCAGUCACUCAGUGACCUCAGACAAGUGAGAGUGUCUGUCAGUUAGUCAAUCAGAUAGUGAGUCACCCAAUGAACUCAGACAGUAAGUUACAUUGUAUGAAAUCAGUCA